GAGGCGGCUUCCGGCUGGAACGACUAGACCGCGGACCGGCCAUGGCGCGGAAGAAGGUUCGCCCGCGGCUGAUCGCGGAGCUCGCCCGCCGUGUGCGCGCUCUGCGCGAGCAGCGGGAGCGGCCGCGCGACUCGCAGCGCUAUGCUCUGGAUUAUGAGACGUUGACGCGACCGUUCUCAGGCCGCCAGCUACCCGCUCGGGCCUGGACCGACGUGCGCCGCGAGAGCCGCCUCCUGCAGCUGCUGGGCCGCCUCCCGCUCUUCGGCCUGGGCCGCCUAGUUACGCGCAAGUCUUGGCUGUGGCAGCACGACGAACCGUGUUACUGGCGCCUCACGCGGGUCCGGCCCGACUACACAGCUCAGAACUUGGACCACGGAAAGGCCUGGGGUAUCCUCACCUUCAAAGGGAAGACAGAGAGUGAGGCCCGGGAGAUAGAACAGGCCAUGUACCAUGACUGGCGGCUGGUACCUAAGCAUGAGGAGGAGGCCUUCACCGCCUUCACACUAGUCUCGGAGGACAGCCUGCGUUCUGUGCCCUACCCGCCACUCCUUCGGGCAAUCAUUCUUGCAGAGCGACGUAAAAAUGGGGAUACUAGCACUGAAGAGCCUAUGUUGAACCUGGAGAGAAUACACAUAGAACCCUGGGACUACCCUGCAAAACUGGAGGCAAAGAGAAAGGCCAAGGGCACCCUGGUCUAAAAUGCCAGAACUAGCAGGUUGCCUGAGUGGUGUAAGGUCAUGGAGACCAUUGUGAAGAAAGACAACCUUUGUGCUACACCAGAGUCAGCUUUCUCUGAGCUUAGAGCUCACCUUCCAGUGAUUGGUUCUGAGGCUCUACAUCUUAGUGGAGAGGGCUGGGGCAGACUUUGCACCUGUCUUUCCUCUGGCUCUGCUGCCCCAACAGCCACCUACGACUGAGGAACCCUGGGCUUGGCUGAAGAGGCUCUGGAGGAAAGUGCAAAGCAGCCAGGGAGCACAGGGUCCCCCUUUCCUAAUACUCUGUGUGUCCAGGCAGAAGCUGCGCACAGAAUAAAGAAACACGACGAGCC